AAUGGACCACAUCGUUGUUUGCCAACCGCCAUGAAAACCUCAGAGAAAAAGAAGCGAUCCAGACCGUGUUGUCGAGCACAGAACAAUCGUUCCUGCUCACUUUGUGUUGACGUGGUGGCCGUGGCUUGUUAUCAGUUCGGGUGGAUAUCUCCGCAUAUUCAUGAAGUUAACUUAGUAAACAAAAAAACAAAAAGGGCUAAUAAAAGCGAGAAGUCAUGCUGGACUUUGCCAUCUUUGCUGUCACGUUUGUCAUCAUUUUGGUCGGCGCUGUUCUCUAUUUGUACCCGUCAUCCAGAAGGGCCUCCGGUAUCCCAGGUCUCAACCCUACAGAUGAGAAGGAUGGGAACCUGCAGGACAUUGUGAACAAAGGCAGUCUUCAUGAGUUCCUGGUCAGCCUGCAUCAGCGGUUUGGGUCGGUGGCGUCGUUCUGGUUCGGCGGUCGGCCCGUGGUCAGCCUGGGCUCUGUGCACCAGCUACGGCAGCACAUCAACCCCAACCACACCACUGACUCCUUUGAGACGAUGCUGAAGUCGUUGCUAGGUUACCAGUCGGGAAUGGUUGGCGGGGCCGCCGAGACCAUGAUGAGGAAAAAGGUGUACGAAAGUGGCAUCAACAACACAUUGACGAACAACUUCCCGCUUGUGCUCAAGCUGUCUGAGGAGCUCGUAGGGAAGUGGAAGGCGUUCCCGGACUCCCAGCACACCCCUCUGUGUGCCCACCUGCUGGGUCUGGCCAUGAAGACGGUCACCCAGCUGGCUCUGGGCGAGAGCUUCCGAGAUGACGCCAAGGUCCUUUCCUUCUGCAAGAACCACGACGCGAUCUGGUCAGAAAUUGGGAAGGGCUACUUGGACGGCUCCCUGGAGAAGAGCUCCAGCAGGAAAGGACAUUACGAGAAGGCUCUGUCAGAGAUGGAGUCGGUGCUGUUGUCCGUGGCGAAGGAGAGGAAAGGCCAGAGGAAGCAGACGGCGUUCGUGGACACUCUGCUCCAGUCCAGCCUCACAGAGCGACAGAUCAUGGAGGACUGUAUGGUUUUCACUUUGGCCGGCUGCAUCAUCACUGCCAACUUGUGUGUCUGGGCACUUCACUUCCUGUCCACCUCUGAAGAAGUUCAGGACAAACUGUAUCAGGAGCUGGAGGAGGUUUUGGGUUCAGACCCAGUUUCCUUGGACAAGAUCCCUCAGCUCAGAUACUGCCAGCAGGUCCUCAACGAGACGGUGAGGACCGCCAAGCUGACCCCCAUCGCGGCUCGGCUUCAGGGAGUGGAGGGCAAAGUCGAUCAGCAUGUCAUCCCCAAAGAGACUUUGGUCAUCUACGCUUUGGGAGUGGUCCUGCAAGAUUCGGACACCUGGAGCACCCCAUACAGGUUUGACCCGGAUCGAUUUGAGGAGGAAUCUGCCAGGAAGAGUUUCUGUCUGCUCGGAUUCUCAGGGAAUCAGACAUGCCCGGAACUCAGGUUUGCCUACACCGUCGCUACUGUCCUGCUCAGCACGUUGGUUCGCCAGCUGAAGCUUCACCAGUUGAAGGGACAGGUCAUGGAAGUCCGAUCUGAGCUGGUGUCCACGCCUAAGGACGAAACCUGGAUUACCGUCAGCAGAAAAGACUAGAACUAUUCUUG